AUGUCUGACGCUAUCAUCUCUUACGCUGCUUUUAUCUUAGCUGAUGCCGGUUUAGAAGUCACCGCUGACAACUUAUUAGCUGUCACCAAGGCUGCUGGUGCCUCCGUUGACAACGUCUGGGCUGAUGUUUACGCUAAGGCUUUAGAAGGUAAGGACUUAAAGGAAAUCUUAUCUGGUUUCCACAACGCUGGUCCAGUCGCCUCUGCUGGUGCCGCUGGUGCCGCUGCCUCCGGUGCUGCUGCCGGUGAAGCUGCUGAAGAAGCUGCUGAAGAAGAAGAAGAAGAAUCCGACGCUGACAUGGGUUUCGGUUUAUUCGAUUAA